AUGAAUCACCAUUCUGAGAAUGCUCUAGUAAGCUCAUGGUUCUUAGGACCAAAGGCAGAGAAUGUUGAGGAAUUCAAGGCACUUAUCCUUGAUAUUGUUACCAAACACGCUGAGAGUCGCAGAAACCUGGACAUCACCGAUGCGUUUUUCAUCACACGGGACAUGAUCGAAUAUCCCAGUGCUAGGGAAAGUAUCGACACCCUACGCGAGAAGCUCACUGAGGUCAUGAACAAUCUGGCGAAUUACUCUAUUCCAUUUUGGUCUACUCGCUACAAUGCUCAUAUGAACAUGGAUACCACUAUGGCCAGUACUUUGGGAUACAUUGCAGCGAUGAUGUACAAUCCAAACAAUGUCACCCCAGAGUCGGGCCCCUAUACCACGUAUAUCGAACACGAAGUCGGUAAUCAGCUGUGUAAGAUGCUUGGCUAUAACGUUGAUUGUGGCGAUUCUGAGAAGGCUGAUGGCUCUGUUGCAAACUUGGAGGCAAUUUGGGCAGCUCGAAACCUCAAAUUCUACCCGCUGUCCUUGAAACUUGCAAUGGAUGAAGGCGGCCCGCUCCACUUUUUGACUACGGCUCAACCCCCGUUCGAAGUCCAGGAUGCAAAUAGAAUUCGAAGACCUUUUAAGGACCUUGAAGGAUGGGACCUUCUGAACCUGCACCCCGCAGAGGUGCUAGAUCUACCAACUCGUUUAGCGCAGGAAUACGGAAUCUCACCAGCCUUCCUUGAGUACGCUCUGAAGAAUUAUUUGGUGCAGACUAUUGGUAUGGAGCCACUAGAGCGUGCGUUCAAUAUCCAGGAACCAGCAAGGUUCUUCAUCAGCAGCACGCGACAUUACUCGUGGCCGAAAGGGGGAGCAAUUACCGGUCUGGGAUCCGAUCGGUUCGUCAAUGUCGUAGUUGACCGCUAUGCCAGGAUGGACAUGGCGGAUCUAGAAGCUAAGCUCAAGUACUGUUAUAUGAAGAAGAUUCCCGUCUUCGGAGUGAUCGCCAUGAUAGGAUCUACGUCACAUGGGGCGUGCGACCCGCUAGAGAGAAUCAUAGAGCUGAGGGAGGUGUACAUGAAGAAGGGGUUAUCUUUUAUUGUGCACUGUGAUGCUGCAUGGGGUGGGUAUUUUGCCUCUACGCUUGCACCCCCUGGGAGUCCAACGCCGGUGACUACCAGUUUAGUCUUGAAUCCCUAUACCAUCGCGCAGAUGCGGUCUUUGGGCUCCGCAGAUAGCAUCACGAUUGAUCCUCAUAAGUCCGGAUACAUUCACUACCCGGCAGGGGGGCUGUGCUAUCGUGACGAGAGGAUGCGGUACCUCAUUACUUGGACAAGUCCAAUAAUUCAUCACAACGGGGACGACAGAGAAAGUAUGGGCAUAUACGGUGUGGAGGGCAGUAAGCCUGGAGCAGCCCCGGUGGCUGUAUGGCUCUCUCACGAGACUAUUGGUCUCAAUCCUGGGGGCUAUGGCCUGCUGCUUGGGAAAGCGUUAUUUGCCUCUGUAAAACUCUACUGCCAUCUCGCUACAAUGGCCAUCGGCGAUGACGAUGAAGGGGACGACAAUCUCAUCGUCGUGCCGUUCCACAUGCUUCCGUCCGAACAGAAUGGGACUGUUCCUUGGACAUCUAGACCAGUGUUAGAAGAGAGAAACUGGAUGCGAAACCAUAUCAUAAACCAAUCUAACUCUGAACUUGCAUCUGAUCCAGAUACGUUCAAUAGGUUCAAAGAAAUUGGAAGUGAUUUGAUGAUUAAUUCCUUUGCUUUCAAUUUCAGGAUCAAUGGCAUUCCUAAUAAAGACGUGAAUGAAGCAAAUUACUUGAACACGCGAAUCUUUCAGCGCCUUUCAAACAGAGCUCGCGAAGAGACAGGGACCGACGAACGACCCUUAAUACUCACCGAGACCAAAAUGUCUUCCAACACAUACGGCGACUGCCUGACAACAUACAAAGAACGACUGGGCCUCGGAAAAGAAGCGGUCGGAGACCUAACAUCCCUCGUCAGCGUCACAAUGAGUCCUUGGCCAUCUGACCCCGACAAUCUCAAAUCCAUGGCCGAUGGCGUCAAGAAAAUCGCAAAGCAGGAAAUUGAGCGAUGCCGCAAACGCAACACUCCAACGCCCGAUCACCACGGAUUUAUCAUGCAAGGAGACAUAACCCUCUUCCUUGUUCAUUUUCCCAUGUUCAACAUGGCCAAUCAUCGCCGCCAGCUCAUCCUUGAGGCAUCGAUUCCCGACCAAGUAAUGAAAGAGUAUGGGAGACUCCGUACUGCGUACCCAGACUCAAUUUUCACGCUCGGCAAUAUUGAGAGACACCAUCUCAAUGACCUUCUUCAGGCAGAACAAUUCACUGCCCGCAUGGACAGGGGUAUACCGAAACCGCAGCCUCCAGCGAAUGAUCGAAUGGGUGAACCUGUAAUGCCAGAUCCGUUGAUCCCUCCCUUCACAGUCCAUAUUACCCGGAAAGUUGUUGACCAGUCGCUUGCCUUCGAUAAUCUUGAGAACGAAUAUCCCGAGCUCAUGCCGUUUUAUCUAUAUGGCUGUGGGAAAGAACACCAUGUGGACCAUAUUCUGACAAAGUCCCCUAACGCCCAGUUGACUGCCGAGUUGGUCAUGGUGGACCCACCGUUGAGUGACGAACAAUUGCAUAAAGGUGUGCGAAUAAAAAUCAAUACUGUUUUCGAAAGAGUGCUGCAGCCAUUGCCAACCGCGAAAGGGCAAAUUGUUGCUAAUACCCCAGGCCUCAACUUUCAGCCUGGAACUCGGUACCCGUUCGAGGCGUAUGCAGAUGGGCAAAGAGUUGCCGGUGGGAUGCUUACUUUAGGCGCUCGUUUGUAUGCUGAUUGGCAUGAAGUCAAUAUGGAUGGGGCGGAUGAGCACUGA